UUCAAAACCAAAUCGAAGCAAAGUCGAAACCCUUUCUCCCUGUUCCCAUAUCAAACUCUGCUCCAAAUCUAGCAGGAGCAAUCAUUAAAUUGAAACUUUCAACGAAACCCUUUCUACUGCUCAAUACCAUCUUUAUCAAAACUCUUCUUAAAAACUCAGCUCCAUCUCCAUCUAACGAGGAAUUAGAACAGCAGCAGCAGCAGCUAUGAAGAAUGCUACAAGAUACAAAAAGGAAAGCAAAAAAACCUUAACUGGAAGAACAAAGUGAAAAUAAGAAAGCAAGAAAAAUUGACUGCUGAGGCAAUUGUUUGAUUAAUGCUAAUACUCAUGAAAGAUAUCUUGUUCAGUUCAACUCCCUCGAUAAUCUGGUUUGUACGUUCCUUGAAUAGUCCUUCCUAGUGUCAUUAAAAUAUAUUGAAGUGAUUGUACAGUUGCAUGUAGGGACUCUCUACUUCCAAGCUGGUAGAAACACUUGCUCUGUGCAGCUCCUAUCUCUUGUUUUCUUAUCUGUCAGUGUAGAUAUAGUUGCUUGCUGCUUUCUGAACCAUGAAAUUUGUUCCUUCAUUUUUCAUUAGAGUAAUGAUGGGCACUGUCAGCUUAUGCUAUUAUCGUCUAGUUCUGUGUGACCCAUAAUAUUCACUGUUCUCAAUGGAGACAUAUUUGGAUGCUAGUGUCUCUUAAGUCUGGUACUUAUGUGGGGGAUAGAGGAAAUCCAAUAAACCUGAAGAUGGAGAUCUAUGACCAUGAUUUUGGACCUUCGGCAUUGGAACAAUGUUUGUGCCUGACAAUCUUGCAGGAAGAAAUCAAAGCAACGGAGCAAGGAAAUUUUCUUCCAUGAAUUGUCUUGUUUACUUUGAUCUUUAUAAUUUGUUUGCGCAACAGCGCAAGCCGCAAGUUCUUACUUCAUAUUAUUGAGAACCUUGUCCUCAUAACGCCCAGAUUGUUUCAAGUGAGUAAACCCAAUUUUUUCGGGAACAAUAUUGGGCUACUCAGAUCACUUACGUCUCAAUUGAGUUAUUUCUCUCUUUGCUGUUGUUUGUAGAAAAAUUAAAUCUCAAGGAUGUGUGAUCUUACGUUCACUUGGCAUGAUGAAAAUGUACCAUGUUAACUGAGAAGUUGGGGUUUAUUUGAAUCACUUAAAAUUGAUAUUUGAAAGGAGAAUUGUCUUUGUUGAAAUGGAGGAUACGUCGUUUUUUGAUAGAAUGAUCAGCAAUCUUCGCUCAACUAGCAAGUAUUACACUGGUUAUCCAAAGGAUCUUGGGUCUUCUAAAAUUAUUUCCUUCACGUCAGAGCGCGAAUUUGUACAACUUCUGCACGAAGGUCAGCCCGUGGCGGUUGCAUUUACAAUCAAAUGUCCCUUCACCAAGUAUUUUGACAAAGUAUUGGAAGAAGCUGCAUCGGAGUUUCAUCCACACGUAAAGUUUAUGCGUGUUGAAUGUCCCAAGUAUCCUGGAUUCUGUAUAACUCGUCAGAGGAAAGACUAUCCUUACAUCGAGAUUUUUCAUAGUCCACAACAACAAGUAAUUUUCAUUCCAUCAUAUGCUAAAGCUGGAGCUUUUCUGGUGUUGCCCCCAUAUUGCUGUUUAAGUGAAUGGAAGUUUAAUGUUCAUAUUAGGCAGCUAACCAAGGAAAGGCUUCUGAUGCAAAUACAACAAAAUAUGCUGUCAAAGUUCUCCCUUUCAGUUACGAUGUUAGUCCAUAUGGGUUCAGGGAGUUCUUCAAGCGACAUGGAAUUCAAUCUUCAGAACCAAAAUGAAGAACUUGGGUGUCAGAAAAAAUGCUUAUAUAUUCAUGGCAGUUUACUCAUCUUGGAUAGUAUAUUAAGAUUUAACUACAUUUAAGUCAAGAUCGUCUGUUUUUGGAAACCAAAGUUAUGCUAUUUCAGAUCUGGCACUUUGACCUUUAGGGAACACUGUCUGAUGAUUAACCAGGAAAUCCAGUUGUAUAAUUAUUUUAUUCAGGAAUACAGACGGCUAUGCAAAUUGAAGUCCAUAUAAGUGGAAUAUAUCCCAGCAGAGCAACAUCAUUGAAGUCCUGCUUCUUUUCUGAUUUUUACAUGUAUGUCAUUCCUGUAGUUUCUACAGUAUGUUUGCUUCUGGAAAGUACGAUAGUUCUAUCAUGUUAUCAAAUACGCCAUAAAAAUAAAAACUUUUACACGAAAGAUCAUUAAUG